AAGCUGAGGGAUAGAACCUGUGAUGGGAAGGCUUCUGCUCUGUGCUUCUCAUGGGGAGAUAGAAAAGCACCUGCGUCUUCAUGCCUCGAGCUAUGGACUGGUUGCCAUAAAGGAAGCCCACGACAUAGAGACCAGGCUUAACGAGGUGGAGAAGUUGCUGAAGACGAUCAUAAGCAUGCCCUGUAAAUAUUCUAGAUCAGAAGUUGUGCUCACUUUCUUCGAAAGAUCUCCUCUGGAUCAGGUGUUAAAAAAUGAUAAUGUACAUAAAAUUCAACCCAGCUUUCAAAGUCCAGUCAAAAUAUCAGAAAUCAUGAGGUCCAAUGGAUUUUGUUUAGCAAAUACCGAAACAAUAGUUAUUGACCACAGUAUACCAAAUGGAAGAGACCAGCACCUGGGCAUGGACCCAACAGAGCAUUUAUUUGAGAAUGGCAGUGAGUUUCCCUCAGAGCUGGAGGACGGGGAUGACCCAGCAGCCUACGUCACCAACCUGUCGUAUUACCACCUGGUGCCCUUCGAGACAGACAUUUUGGACUGAACCUCUCUGUCAGGCCUCCCCCGCCUCUGCUGUUCACUGCCAGCUCUGAUGCUGUCCACUGUGCUGGCCCCCAUGGUCACAGCUGCUGCCCCAACCCUGGACCUCCCAGAUGUCCCAGGCCCCACGGACGCCAGGAGGCCUGGGUGUCCUGCAAGUGGAGCAGCAGGGGCUCCUAGUGGGCCAGGCUGACCGCAGAAUCUCCAGCAAGCUGAGGUCAUGGCCGGACGCCACAGGGCCUGUGUUCUGAGGGUCCUCACUCCCCGCUUGGUGCCCACAGGGCUGCACACUGCUGGGGCGGGGACAGUUCCUGCAGGGCUCGCUCUCACUGUUACUGCUUCCUGGGGGGUGCAUCCCUCCUCAAGUGGCCUAGCGCCCCCCGGCCACCCUGACUCCCCACCAUUCCCUCCUGCAGCAAACGCACAAAACGUCUUAAGGGAGAUUUUGACAAGUGCCCAUUCCAGAUGCCACAGGCAGGGGAUGUUUAGUAAUCCAGGAUUUCUCUGAGAACUGGGAUGUGUGGCUUUUUUUUUUUUGCUUUUUAUCUUUUAUCUGGAAACUGGCUUUGGGUCAACCCCAGGAGUGUUUGCAGAAGGCCCAGCACAGUGGGGGGUAUUAGCCGCAGGGCAGGGAAGGCAUUGCUGACCAGAUGCCCGUGUGAGCUUGGACUGGGCGCUGGUGGUUCUUCCCAGAGGAAAGAAAUUUCUUCCCCGCCUGCCAGGUCUCCGGGCCUUCGGCGCAGGUCCCGGUGCUGCAGCCACACCACCCCGGAGUGCUUGUUGACGGAGUUGCCAUAAUGAACUUGAAAGGACGGGACUCAGAGGGAAGCUGGGGCUCCCCUGCCCGCAGGAGAGGAUCCCCGUUCUUCAGGCUUCUCUGCUCAGUGUCUACUAACGACCGACAUUUGCUAAUGUAAAUAAUAGUAAAUUAUUGAGAAUUCUAAUUCUUUUACACAGUCUGUUUUUAAUCUAUUUUAAUUAAAUAAAAUCUAUGACUCUACUUUGGUCUGUC